AUGCAUCGAGUCAGUGACCAGCUUCGAGACCGUCACCCGUAUGCCGAUCAACCAUUCCAGGAGUCCUACAAUUCUAGGGAGGUAACGCGAGCCUUCGGCGCAAGAGCGAUUCCAAAGUAUGCUGAGCUCCUUGCAAUGGAGGAUAUUUCCGACGAAGAUCGCUGCCAUGCGCUUCAGGACUUGCGAGAGCUUUUGAGCAGUCCGAAUUUCAAGUUUACUGCCAUCACGAAGGAAGUUAUGUUCACAUGUGCGGAUCUAACACAGUCGAUCUCGGCUGAAGUUCGUGCCGACGCAGCCCUGGUGAUGGCGUCGCUGGUUCUGUUCGAGAUGGACACACCGAACGAUCUAAGUGAUGAAGUUGUUCUUACGACGGUAACUCGUUUGCUCGGAGACGACGAAGACGAUGUCGUUGCUGCUUGCAGCCGCAUUCUUGCCAACUUGACCGUCUCUAACGAAGGCUGUCUCUUACUCGCGAAGAGUAUUCCCGCCGUGACUACGGUGGCAAAUAUGCUGACUUCCCAGCCUCUAUCCAACGUACCAACCCGAAUAGUUGAGCUACUCGUGGAAGUGCUGGCAAACCUCACACGAGUCUAUGAAGGCGCUCGUACCUGUGCACAGUUUCCUUUUAUCAAACCAGUGCUUUCGUUGAUCAAGAAGCCACGGUUGUGUCGAGCUGAAACGCUGUUGCACGCCGCGAUGGUCAUCACGAACAUAGCUGCAUAUGACCAAGCAAAACGAGAUGCAAUCCAGCUCGAUGCAGUGGAAUUGUGCCUCAGAGCUCUGUCAAAGGUUCUUCUCGGCCAAGUGCGCUGUGAGCCAGCUGAAAAGCGAGACGAACUUACUCGAUGUUUAGUUGCAGCAGUGAUGGCGCUGUCAACUGCCGAGGACGCAAAGGCGCGUGUGAUUGAGUUCGGUAUUGAGCCACUAGCUCAAUGUCUGAUACACAGUAGCGCCGCAGUGCGGCAAAACGCCAGUAUCACUAUCAACUCAGCGUGUGAUCUGCCCCGUGGCAUCCCUCCAUUCACUCAGAGCCUGCUUCGUAGUGAGGAUCUGCUAGUGGACGUCUUGGGCAUCAAAGCCGUGUCAGCUCUGAGCAAGACCGUCAGCAGUUUUGACGACGAAGACACACCCGCGGCAGUGAAGGCUCUGACUGCGAUUCAGAAGAAAGAUGCAUACGGGACAGCCGACCGCAUCGUACAGACGUUGAAUAUGCUCGACAACCUUGUCAAAGCUCUGCUUGAAAGCGAGGUGCCUGUCGAGGCGCAACAAGGUGUCGCGGACGUGCUCCGGAGAAUGAGCCAGACCGACACAAGUUACCAGCGGCGUGUGGGGAGAUGUAUGAUGAAGAACAACAUUCCCGACGCACUGUUCUCGCAGAUUCUAGGUCUUACGCUUGUAGAAUUCAGCGAGCAGCUAACAUUGCACAAUUCGGUCGCUGCUUACAAACUUCAAGUCAGCGUACCUGAAGCGGGUUUCGAUAGAAGGUUAGCAUCUCCCUCGACAAGGACGGGAUUGCGCGUUUGCGUAUCCAACCACUGGAUGGUUUAA